GAAGACGUCACCUGUAGUCACUGAUAUCAUUGUGUAUUCUCCUCACUAUGUCCUAUCAGAGCUGUAGUCACUUGUCAGUUCUACAGUUAUGGUGCUCCUGCAGUAACAGGUAGAUUAAACUGUGGAUUUUCAUUGGAUCUCAUAAUGAAGCGGUAUGAUGUACACCAAAAGCUGGGCAGUGGAUCCUUUGCUACUACAUACUUAGUGACUGAUUUAAAGGACAGAGAAACUCAGAAAGUCAUAAAAAGAAUUCCAUGCAAUACCCUAAGAGGGGACGCCACUCUUCCUUCAGCCAGAGAGGCCAAACUCCUAGGCAACCUCAGGCAUCCAUUCAUAGUCCAGUUCUUUGGAAGUUUCCUGGAGAAAACUGAUUUCUGCAUUGUUACAGAAUAUUGUGAGGGUGGAGAUCUUCACUGUUACCUGCAGCAGCAGAAGGACAAAGGUGAAAAUCUCACUGAAGGACACGUCAUGGAAUGGUUGAUCCAGCUACUUCUAGGAGUAAACUAUCUUCAUGAGAGGUUAGUUAUGCACAGAGAUCUGAAGACAAGAAACAUUUUCUUGAAAAACGGGACACUGAAAAUUGGUGAUUUUGGUGUGUCAAGGAUUCUGGCGCAAUCUGAUAUGGCAACUACCAUAACAGGAACUGCUUCCUACAUGAGCCCAGAAGUGUACUCUAACACAGGAUACAAUACAAAGUCGGAUAUCUGGUCCCUGGGAUGUAUUUUAUAUGAAAUGUGUUCUUUCAAUCGUGCUUUUGACUGUCCAAGAUGGAUCAAACUCAUAUCAAUGAUAGUGAAUGGCCCCAGUCCUACCCUUCCGUCAAAAUACUCUGCAGCACUCAAUGAUAUCCUACAAAGAAUGCUGAUGAAGGACCCUGAGCUUCGUCCCAGCGCUAUACAAAUCCUACAGUUUCCUUAUGUAAAUCAAAGAGGGCAGGUUCUCUCAGAAUGGCUGCAGGAGGUGGUCUAUCAAGAUCGAAAAGACUCAGUGGAUGAAGAUGUUUCCAGGAUCACGGCUGCCAUGCAAGAAAAGCUCCAUCUAGACAGUCUACAUGCCAUGAGAGAGGUGCAAGAGAUGGCUCCUCGCCAACGGAGAAGAAUUCGUCAGGUAGAAGAGCCUGAAACUCAUAUGAAAAAGUUAAAACGAGCAGUUGAAAGGGUUUGUGAAGAGAAUCGGCAGCGGAUGGAGCAGAAUAUGAGAUACAAAGCUAAUGAUGAUGUCCACUGGGUUGAGGAAAAACCUGUAGAGCAGAAAGACAUCCACAGUGAAGAUGAGGAGUCCAUUGAUGGUUCAGUUCUCCUUAUCUCUUUGCCCUUGUCAGAACAACAGAGUAGUACAAUAAGUGCCUACCAGAACUGUCUGCAGAGAUUCCUGGACUCCAACAGUAACACAGCUGAAACUCAGAACUCGGCUCCUUGGGAUUCAGAGAACACCACUAUAUCUAUCUGCAGCAAGCAGGAAAUUGUGCUUCUCAGACAAGAAUGUGUUCAACUGCUGGGAGAAGAAGCAUUCCUGGAGGUUUACAAUUACUGGAAAGUCUAUAACCAGCAGGUUCCAGCCUCUGAGGAGAUAGAAGAAAAUACUCUAUGUGAACCUCAAGUAAUGAAACUGCAUCCACAGCACUGCUACAAAGUCGAACAGCUCCUGUUCUUAGAAGAACGGAUAGAAGUGGAGUCUCCGGAGCCCUCCUUUACCUGGUUAUAGUGCUUUAAUCUAAGUAAACAAUCUGGGAUAUUGGGUCAAGAAAGAUGAGAAGAAAUGCUCUUUAUAGUAUAUUGUAUUUCACAAUAGAUGUACAUUUUAAGAGCCUGUAAGUACAAAUGUGCGUCCCCCUUGACUCUGCCCAUCUUGUAGACCACUCUUUAAAGGGGUACUCUGCCCCUAGACAUCUUUUCCAUUAUCCAAAGGACUUUGGGUAAGAUGUCUGAUUGCGGGGCUCCCACCGCUGAGGACCCCCGCGAUCUCUCCGGG